CACGAUGAACGCAAGUUCAACACCAUGUCCGAUUACGGCUGGGGUCCAUCUGGGCCGAAAGUUCGCAAUCACACACUGACCGCAAUGAAGCCCAACACAAUAUACGAAUUCGGGCUCAAUUUGAUCUACCUAAACGACACGUUUGGUCAAUUUCCCUCUGCUGGAACCGGUCAAAUUUGUGCUUGUAAAACACACGGAAGAAGAACCGAUUGCAAAUCUGGCAAACAUCCAUUUUUGAUCAGUUUCAACCCAUCGCGAAGAAUUCACUCGGGCAGCGGAAACGAUUCGUUCGGAUUGGGUGGUGGCAGUGAUUUGACCACCUCGGGUGUUCCGCUUGAUUUGUCCACCUUGGAACCGUUAUGGAAUCAGGAAGUGAACUCGUUGUAUGGGAUCGGCAAAUCCGACCUGAUCAGUUUUGAACAGGUCACCCAAAUUUCAGCGGCAAAUAUUCGAUUUCAAAGAUACAUCGGUUGUGGUGCGUUUGGGAAAGUUUGGGAAGGAUGGCUUCAUGUGACCGGUGUGGAUGGAGAUCGGUUUGAAAAAGUGGCCUUAAAAGUACGCAACAGUAAAUCACUAACGGAAGCCGAAUUCCGACGUGAAGCAACGCUAAUGCAUCGCUAUCAGCACGCAAACAUUGUCCGAUUUUUCGGUGUCUCUUUCGAUUCUCCCGGUCAACAAUGUUUGGUAUUGGAAAUGAUGGAUCAGGGCAAUUUGAGAGACUAUUUACAUCGCGCGCGACCUCGCAUAGCACCGAACGUCGCGGCAAACAUGUUCGCGGCGGCCGCGAUCUGUGCCGCGGGCGGAUCAAGUGGUGCCGGGGACGGUCGAAAUGGAUCGGAAGGCUCCUCGAUGAAUACGAGCACAACCAGCACGGCAGCCGGAUGUGGGACAACAACCGCGUCCAAUGUGAUCACUCUGACUGCACAACUUGAUUUGCCUGCACUGAUUGGGAUAAUGAGAGAUAUUGCACAGGGUUGUCGAUACUUAGAGGAACAACAUUUUGUGCACAGUUUACAGGUUGAUAAGCAGCAGUAUCUGAAUAGGUUGAUGAAAAUUAUCAAGAAGCAUCGAAACGGUUUGCGCAUUGGUCUAUCGAUGAUUGCCGCUCACAAAUCUAUGGAGCGUGUAAUCAUUAUGCCCAAAACCCAUGGUGGAUCUCCGGUACCCAUGCUUUUUUCGGGUUAUCAUUUAGAGACCCACAAUAUUUCCUUAGAACAAUGUGAAUUCCGGUACACAUCACCCCCUAGUGAACCGGAAAAGGGUUUUGGACUACUUCUGGAUGCACAACGUUGCUAUUAUCAACGAUACACAACGUGGUUGAUGAAUGACAGGAGAACAUUGUCCGGAAGUACGAGACUAUCUUUUUCCCCAUCUGUUACUCCUCAGGUUACUUUUUAA